AUGGAGGGAGAAUCAAGCUUGCGAAGACGGUUCCUGCACGUGUACGUGCGACGUUCCCGCAGGUAUGUUGCAGAACAGCUUCAAUCUCUGCCGGAGCAAUCUACUCCCAUGCCUACCCCGCUUAGGCGGUCGAGUAGGGUCAAGGAGUUGGAGCAAAACAAGAUGAUGAUGAAGCGGAAGGCCUCAGUGACACUGGCUAAAGGUCUGAAGAAACGGAUAGUACAAGCCAAGAUCGUUGGCAGUAAACAAUCUGGCACUAGCAUGUUACUGGCGAGGAGGCGUUUGGAUUUCGAGCCAGCAACUUUGCACGACGAUCCGGUUUCAGCCAGUGCAAGUGCUCCUUCUGCCCCCCAUACAUUUCAGCGGGGGUCUUGUAUCCAUACAUAUCACAGGCGGGGCUUGAAGCUGAUGCCACAUAAGGCAACCCCAAAGUCUGAUGACCGGAUAACAAAGCAGGGUGCUGCUGCUGCAAAGAAGAGGAGCACCACAGUGAUGAAACUGAACAAUCAAGAUUCAGCGAGUGCAAGUGCUCCUUCUACCCAUACUACUCCACAGAAAGAGAAAGCGGAGCGCACCCCUAGGAGGCUACAGAAGAUUUCACUUCGACUAAAGGUGGAGAAAGAUAAGGCGGCAACACCAGCUAGAGUGCAAAACAAGCCGCGGGGAGGGAUGGAAAGGAAAACUAGGCAAGGAACCGAGUUGGCUACUGUUCCCUACCAGAAGUCUCCAACUGGCCGGUCGCCCUCGGCAAGGCUUAGGGUAGACCUUGAUGAUGACUCGCUGCGAGUAUAUCAUGCCUUGCUGCAGUGGGAAAAGGGCUACAGCGAGAGUUUCGAGGGGCUGAAUAUUGGCAGCGGGCCUGAAUGGCAUAAAACACGGCAAGAUUUUCAAGUACUAAUAUAUGAAUUUAUUUCUGCCGUGAGAUGUUUAUUUGGGCCUGGACCAUUUUCUCCGUGUGAAGCAUCAGUAGUUGACUCUGUGGUAGGUACUUUCCUUACACAAAAUGCUGCUGAUCAUUUGUCAAGCGAUGCUUUUAUGAACUUAGCCGCAAAAUAUCCUGCAAGGCAGAGCAGUAGUUCUGAAAACUGCUCAAAUGAAGCAUCAGAUGCCACUGAUUUUGACAGUUCGGCCUUUGCCGAAACCAACUACGGUGACGAGGUAAAAGGCCAUCAUGAUAAAGACUACAAAAUCUUUAUGGAGAAUUUCGUAAAUAGCAUCAAAGGGAAACACCCAUCUAGCUGGACCGACGAAUACCUUGAGAAUCUGCUAAAGGAUAAGCCUCGAAAUAAAAAAUAUUCUCUACAGACCUUGAAACGUCUCAUAGCCACGCUGCGGGUGAAAGAUACUUCGCACUGGGAUGAGUUAAGAAAGCAAGCAUAUAUACAGGGAUAUCGGAGUGGUACAGGAGUAAGCGACUUGGUAGAUUGGGAAGCUGUACUUCAUGCAUCACCUGCUGAGGUUGCAAGAUACAUUGCGGUCAGGGGGAUGAACUAUGUCAUAGCAUGUCGGAUACAGGCUUUUCUUUUGCGCAUAAAGACAGAUCAUGGCAACUUUGAUCUAGACUGGCUUCGGAAUGUACCACGUGAAAGCGCAAAAAACUACCUUAUCAGUAUUGAUGGAAUUGGAUAUAAAAGUGCCGACUGCAUUCGGCUUUUGUCACUGGAGCAUAAAGCAUUCCCAGUUGACGUGAACAUAUGUCGCAUAUGCAUAAGGCUAGGGUGGGUGAAACUUCAGGGCUUACCCGACUCCGUGGCCUUUCAUUUGAUCGAGCUAUAUCCAAUCCUGAGAGACGUGCAAAAAUAUUUAUGGCCAAGGUUGUGCACUGUUAGCAAGAAAAUAUUGUACGAAAUGCACUGCAAAAUGAUAACAUUUGGAAAGGUAGUCUGCACAAAAGUAGAUCCGAAUUGCAGUGCCUGCCCUUUUAGCACAAGAUGCAAGUACUACAAUAGUUCGACUAACAGGGCACUACUUCCCUCUACAAAGAAGCAUGCUGAUGAACCUGGUGAAGAUAAAACAAGCAUGUCCAAUUCGUCAAACUGUAGCACUUCGAAUUCGCUGCAAGUGUAUCAACUUCAGAUGGACUUGGGCAGAACGACUGAAAAUCAACCGUUGCGCGACUGUGUGCCCAUUAUUGAGGAGCCACUAAGUCCUGAUUAUGAACACGUAGAAGAACUUGAUGAGCAAGAACAAGCACUUCAAGAUGAUCUUCCUGACAUUGAAGAUUAUUAUAGACCACAAGAAUCGCAGUACGAUGCUGAAAUCGAUCUGCGUUCACACAAUCAUAUGAUGAAUGAUGACUCCUGGAUAGGAAACCAUGGAAAAGACAUAGUACAGAGCAAUCCACAAUACAUUUUGGGUCAACAGAAAGAAGUGAAAAACAUAGGCCAUCUGAGGACAGAUCACUAUGGGUAA